CCAGUUAAAAAGCCUAUAUUACAGAUUUCUGGGUAACAGAGGUUAAAACAUUCUGAAUAUCAUGUGAUGACUGAUCUUAUCUCUGAGUCUGAUCUGAUUAAAGCUGCUGAUCAAUUUGUCACGUAUCACACGUAGUAGACUGGAAAUGAGGAAAUACGAGGAAGCAAAACUUCAUAUCCGAUCACCGCCCCUCAGCGCCGCUUCUCAGCGUUUUCUAGUACCAGAGAAGUGAAGCUUUCCUCGGACACACGGACAGAGAGUGUGGUGGUAUAAUAAUAAACAGUUUUCAAACGGAGGUCUGCGUUCACAGGAGAGGUCGUGAUGAAGCUGGUGGUCCUGCUCCUCCUCCUCCUCCAGGUGUCCGGAUCUGCAGACAGCAGGUGUUUCUGUAAGGUCACAGGUGACCUGGACGACUGCGCUUGUGAUGUAGAGACUAUUGAUGGCUUCAACAACGAGCAGCUUUUCCCCAAACUUCAAACUCUUCUGGAGUCUGACUAUUUUAGGUUCUACAAGGCUAACCUGAAUAAGCCGUGUCCGUUUUGGACGGACAGCAGUCACUGUGGUCUGAGGGACUGUGUGGUUCAGCCCUGCUCUCCUAACGAGGUGCCAGAGGGGAUCAGGUCAUCGUCCCACAACAAGUAUUCAGCAGAGUCAAACGAGCAGCUGAGUGAGUGUGAGAAGACGCAGCAUCUCGGAGCUGUGGAUGUCUCUUUAAGUGACGAGACCAGAGAGGCUUUGCUGCAAUGGAACAAACACGACGACGAGGCCGAGCGCUUCUGUGUGGUCGACGACGAAGAGUCACCGGACUCCCAGUACGUCGACCUGCUGCUGAACCCGGAGCGCUUCACGGGCUACAGAGGACCCGAGGACUGGCGGAUCUGGACCAGCAUCUACGAGGAAAACUGCUUCAAACCAUAUACCGUGAAGCGACCGCUGAUGCCCGGCUCCUUCAGCUCAGGAGGUGAAGAGAGGACCUUCUACAGCUGGCUGGAAGGUCAGUGUGUGGAGAAGAGAGCUUUCUACCGCCUCAUCUCAGGCCUCCAUGCCAGCAUCAACAUACACCUGAGCGCCAGGUACCUCCUGGAAGACAGCUGGUUUCAGAAGAAGUGGGGUCACAACGUGUCGGAGUUCAGGAAGCGUUUCGACUCGGAGCUGACGGCCGGCGAGGGCCCCAAGAGGCUCCGCAACCUCUACUUCCUGUACCUGAUAGAGCUGCGAGCGUUGGCCAAAGCCCUGCCGUUCUUCCAGCAGCCGUCCUUCCGGCUGUACACCGGCAGACCUGAAGAGGACCAGAAGCACAAAGAGCUGCUGCUGCAGAUCCUGCAGCUGGCCAGAUCUUUCCCUCUGCACUUUGACGAGACUUCUCUGUUCGCUGGUGAUGAAAAGGAAGCAGCCAAACUGAAGGACGACAUCAGACUGGCCUUCCUCAACAUCUCCAGGAUCAUGGACUGUGUCGGCUGCUUCAAGUGUCGACUGUGGGGGAAACUGCAGACUCAGGGAUUAGGUACUGCGCUUAAGAUUUUGUUUUCCGAGCGCCAGAUUGAAGCUCUGCCCACUUCAAGCGGCCGACGACCCAGUUUCCAGCUCAGCCGGCAGGAGAUCGUCUCUCUGCUCAAUGCCUUUGGAAGGAUUUCCACGAGCGUCCGAGAGCUGAAGAACUUCAGAUCGCUGCUGGCAGAGGAAGGAUGAGGCGUCGAGGGGAGUCCGGCUUCACCCACUGACUCUUCUGAAUCCGGACUGUUGUGGCCCCCAAGCCCCCCGACUGCCAACACAACUGCCUUACUCCUGCUGAAAUGUCCUUUAGACGAACACCAUGAGUUCAACAUGAAGAAUGGGUCCAUUUUUGAAUUUCAAUUUUUUAACUUGAGUUAAAGACAAGAGUAAAAUUUCACAAAAAAAACUUCUUUUGACUGAAAAAUGUGAAGAUGGUUAAAAGCAGAUCCUCAAUAGCCUUUGUAUUUGAUCAAGGUUUAUUUAUUGAAUAUUUUGAAUGUUGUAUCCAGUCUAUAUCUUUGCGUUUGAAUAUUUGAUAGGAUGUUACUCCACUUCUUAUUUUUAUUUAUUUUUUUGGCAUUUACCAGGACUGCAAACCAACAGCUAGAAUAAAUCUGACAUGGAUUUUAUUUACAGUCAGUGUGGAACUAAAUUCAUCUCAUUAAAUGAUUUCUCUCUGAUGUACUUCGUCUACCAACGGCACAUCAUCUCGCAGCUGAAUUUUAUCUCCAUUUCAACCUAUUUCCUUUCAUUUCAUCCUUAUUUAUAUAUUUAUAAAUUGGAAAUAUAUUAGGAUUGUUGUUAAAUUCCAAGAGAUUUAAAGGUUUCAGACAAAUAAACUUGAUAUGUUCUUGCAUAAUAACUGACCACUGAAGUAAUUAUAAGAAUAUAGCAGAUGUAGGUUCAGUGUGUAUCUCUGAUCGUCUUUUCCUUCAUGUGAUCAAAUCAGAGUUGUUCUUAAAAUGUGACUUUUACACUCGGCUGUAAGUAGGAGGAAGCCACUUCAUCCAUGUGUCCCAUUGCUCAAACACAGCCAACAAAUUUAAACUUUCUACUUUACAAGUUUGAUAAAUACAGGUCCAGCUUUCAUUAAUUUCAUUUAUUUUUCUGUAAAGAAUUAAGUCCUUUAUCUUGAAUUAAAAUUAAAUCUGAAGUUUC